GAGUAGAAUCAAGUUAUAAAUGAUAUGAGUAAUUUUUUUUUUUUUGAAGGGGAUAUGAGUACUUAUAAAGUUUGAAUUCUGAUCAAAUUACAAAAAGAGCCCCUUUUUUGCCAGAAAUCUCUGUAUGUGCGCUCCCUCCGACUGUUUUUUCAGCAAAUGGAAUGUUGGGUACCAUUGUUUCAGAUAUUCUUGAACUCCCCUUGUCCUGAAACUGAAGCAUCUCUAUGGUUACAACAGGCUUUCAACCAAUCUGGCCCUACCACCAUUUCUACAACCUCAUUCCUUUCACUGCUCACAAAACCUACCGAUAUCACCAUCACCGGUUCCUCUUCCCCAUCUCUCACAAAACGGGUUAUGUGGAUACAGACUCUACCAAAUGCAGUUCAAGCUCGCAUUUUGUCAUUUCUUCUUUAUGAUAGCCGGAGAUUUUGUGAAAGUGACUUGCGUCAGCUUGCGGAAACUAUGUUGAAGGAGGGCGAGGAGUUUGAUUUUUGGGUAAAGCGGGCUGCACAUCAGCUGCUCGACGUAGUGUCUAGGUCAAACCAUGAAUGGUUAACUAGCUUGAACUUGGAUUCUGAAGAAGAACUAGUGGAUGAUGAAUUUUGUUCAUUACCCAAUUGGCUUAAGGAUGCUGCCAAUGACAGUGAUUUGAUGCUUCCGUGGCUGCCUAUAUCACAGAAACAAUUCAACUUGGCAAUGCAGUUUAGUAGUUGUGGAGAAAAUGAUGAUCCUUUGAGUGAAUUCGAAGAGGGUAAACGAGAAAUGAUGGAUGACGUAAUGGAGGAGAUUGAUGAAGUAAUUGAGGGAAGUAGAUGCUACUUGAACCCUCAAGUUGAAGAAAUGGCUGGGCGCUUGAAAGACCGGUUGUUUUCUCUUCAGUCUACAGCUAAAGCUGUGGAAUUGGCAGGGGAAAUUCGGCAGCUUUGUAAAGGAGGGGGGAAGUCUUUGGCUGUUUUGAGCAUAAUUGAACCUUGGAGAGCUGAUGAUGAGACAGCUGCAGUUUUAAUGUCCAAUCUUCUAGGCGGGAAUGUAGAUGAACUUGGUUGGCCCAGCCACGUUCUUUGCGCCGUCAUUCUUCCCAAGUUGUUGCUUUUGAAAGAACCAGCUUCUCGUGCGUUACUAACAGCAGCAAUAGAGUACUCUAAAGUUCAUCAGAGAGCUGCAGAGUAUGCGUUGCUACUGCCGCUGAUUCUUCGAAUGGAAGGCAUAAAUAACCCUAUGUGUGAUGUAAUAACAAGGAUAGUUAAAGAAUCUUUGCACCCAGGCCAUAUUUCUGCCUUCUGCCAGAAACUUCUCUGCGAUGGGGACAAUCUGAAGAAAUUCAUCUCCCUUCCCUGUCAUCAAUGCUUAAUUGGAAGUAAAUUGGUAUGGACUGAGUCAUUAUUUAAUUUGAUGCAAAAUAUCCUAAAUCAUAACAUUCAUUUGACUCAAGACUCAGUUGAUAGACUUGUUCAGCAUGCUUGGGAAUCUGCUGAGAGGUUUUCAAAGUCUUUGAAAUUUGGAAACUUUUUACUAUGUUUUGUCACCAAAUGUGCUCCUUUGUUGAAGUCUCAAAAAUCUUUACUCAUAGAAGCUACUCAGCGUACUAAUACUCUGGUGACAAAAUCUGUGUUGUCAAAAUUGUCUAGUUUGUAAGUGGCCCUAUACCCUGUUAAACAAACAGCUAUGUAAAUACAUUAUUGCUCUUUAA